ACCAACCGAGAGGCAAACAAAUUGCUAAAAUAAAUGUACGGCGGGGGGCAGAAGCAGCAGCAGCAACAAAGACUCAACAAAAGGAAGAGGACUCGAAAAAAGAAGAAACAAAAAUCGGAAUCGGAAUCGUAAUCGAAGAGGUCCCAUUAAUGAACCAACCAAGCAAACCAACGAAAGUUAAAACAAUAGCAUAAGCAAUACAAGCAAAAUAAUUAUAACGAAAUCGCUUUAAACGCACCUCUAGUGUUAGUCAAAAAAAAGGAACACAUCUCGACGUGUAUCUUGGGGAAAAUCAACGCUUCAUAAAUUAACGAAUUAGUGAAUAACUCAACCACGGACCAGCUAAAUUAGAGACCACCCAUCGGUGGACACCCGCCGGAGAAGGAUCAACCACCACGGCGAAGGGCGGCCGUAAUGGGUGGUGGCUUUGCGGCGCCACCGAUUACACUAGCCAGCAACCAGCGACCGGCUCUGAUAAUUCAGCCAGCCAGCCCCAUCCCGGCGACGGAUAUGCACGAGAAACUCCUGGAGAAGGAGGACAAGACUGAGAGGACCAAUCUGCUGGGCAGGUCCAAGGACAAGCCGCCCAAGGACAAGCCGCCCAAGCAGUCGAAGUUUGCAGAGCGACUGCGUCGCUCGUUCCGCCGCGGCGACCAUCGAUCGCUGGAGAUCAAGCGGCAGGAGCCCACACCGGAGGAGCUGAAGGCCAAGAGCCGGGCCACUCCACCGCCGCCAAGUAGUGUGCACGCGGACAACAACAACCGGCUGCCCUUUGCCCUCAGCCAUCUGCAUCUGCCCGGCCUGGGAUUGGGCGGACACAUCAAUCCCGCCCUGCUGCUGGACAGUCCGGACGAGUGCACUCCGCCGGAAUACGCCUACCAGCACCUGAGUAGCGUGGCCACCACCAAUUCAAGCACUUCCCUGGAGAGCAGCUGUGAGUUGGGUGAGCUGAGUGGCUCCCAGAACAGUGUCUUCUAUUGGGCCUCCAUGGGUGGCGAGGUGAGCACAUCGUCGGGGGGAGCAGGAUCAGGAUCGGGAGCAGCAGGCACAGGCACAGGCGCUGGCACAGGAACUGGAGGAAUAGUAUCUACGGAACACCAGGAUAGGCGACGCCUGGAGACACAAAGCAGCAAUCGAAGCGAUCAGCAAGCCAUUACCACAACCGCAUCCUCGGUGCCUGGGAACAGCAGCAGGAGCUGCAGCCUGACCAGCGAGAGCAGCUCCAUCCGGCUGACCCGGCUGCAGAACUUCCUCUUCAAGAGCAGCAACGAGAGCUCCCGGAGCUGCCAGGGUCACUCGAACGAGGGCUUCACCGUGUCCUCGCACAACUCCUCCUCCGGCGAGUGGGAGCAGUUGGGGGCCUAUCUGUCGAGCAGCAGUGGCGUGGGUGGGGGCCAUGACUUCCAUGGCGGCUCCUUUCCCGAGGAGAGCACACCCGACGAGACGGAGGCCACGCUUCCGGUGGAGACCACCAGCAGCAGUGGGGCCGGUGGCGGUGGCGGUGGUGGCUACUAUCAGUACACCCUGACCUCGCCCAACAAUCCCUUUCUGCCGGAGAUCACGGCACGAACGUAUCACAGCACCUACAGCGAAGAUGGGGCAGUGGAUGGAGCUGAUCCGUCCACUGCGGAUGAGCUGCAGCUACAGCUGCAGCUGGAGGGCAAUGGGAAGUAUGGGGCGGGAGGGGCGGGCACUCGUUCGGCCCAGCUGCCCACACCAUCGUACAGUCGAGCCGGUUCGCAGGAGUCGACGCACAGCGAGGGCGGCGGACCGCCUGGACCCACGCCCAGUCCCGCCUCCAGUUCCUCCUCGACGCCGGGCCGCCAUCGCAGGAAGCUGUUUAGCCUGAACUCGCCCACCCGAUUGCUGCACCACCAGCAGCAGCAUCAUCAUCAUCAGGCGCCGCAGAGUGCAUCGCCGCCGGCCGGCGGAAGCAGCAGCGAUGGCUCCUCUGGCGGCAAGUUCAACUCGGCCAGUCUGGUGCGGAGCCUCAAUCCGUUCCUGCCCAGCGUUACGUCGCCGAAGAGGGCGCCGCACAAACAGGCGGCAGUGACGUCGCCCGCCGGCUCCGUGACCCCUGACCUCAGCACAAAGCGCGAGGAAUUCCUGCGCGCCACCAUGAAGAUCUGUUUGGUGGUCUCGCCGCCCAACAGCAAGCUGCAGCUGAAAUCGAAAAGUCUCACCCACUUGGAUGGCCUCGACUCGGGCGUGGUGGCCUGCCAGCACGGUCCUCCGGGAAUGGCCACCAGCACCACCUCCACCACCGCCGCCGGCACCACCGCCGCGACUCCGGGACUGUUCGCCACCGCUGGAGCAGCAGUAUCGCUGGGCCGGCAGGCCAAUGUGACUGAGAAGGGCGAAACGGCGGGCGGUUGUCUGUCCCCCUCGCACCCACCGCACCACCCACCCACGAUUUACACCCAGGCACCGCAGAUCGUACGGCGGACGCCCUCGCUGAUGCUCUCGCCCACACUUGAUAAGGCCGCCACCACUACGACGACGACGGCCAGUUCGUCCUGUUUUGGCACCGGUCACUCCAGUGCCGGAUCCUUUCACCAGCACCAGCAUAACCAAAGCCACUCAAGUCACCCAAGCCAGCCAAGCCACCAGCAACUGAUUAGCAGCGGCAGCACCACUGGCACCACUGGCAGCACAACGGCAACUCAUGCGAUACCCUCCUCCAAACACUUUCAGUUCGCUGGCGAGCUGGUGGCCACAUCGUCCUCAACCCUGAGUCCCUACAGCAGCACCACCGCACCCUCGAUUGGCGGUGGUGGUGGCGGUGGAGGUGGCUUGACCUCCCCGGCCGGCUGCUCAUCGUCCUCCGGCUCGACGGUGAAAAAGAAAUCCUCGUUUAUGAAGCGCAAGAAGCCACUGCUGACGCGCAGCGAGGUAUCCAGCUCCGAAUUCUUUUCCGUGUCAUUCUGCCUGGACUCGUCGCAGCAGCCAGAUGAGGAGUUCAUUCCUGCAACCAAAGGCGUAACUCUACUUAACGCACUCAGCCACGCUUUGCGUAGGCGGAACCUCAGCUUUACACAAAUCACAAUUACGGACAACAAUCCCACGCCCAGUUUUUUAGAUGCAGGACCCUCACUGCUCCCCGUUUCGGUGGAUGAGCAGACCGACGUGGAGAGCCUGGCCGGACACCAUCUCUGCAUCACCGAACGAGGCAGCAACCGCAAGCCCCUGCAGAAGGCAGCUUCUUUUGGAUCCCGACAACCGCCGCCCCGACUGCUGCCCUCCGUUUCCACCGAGGAGACCAGCGAGUCGGGAGUGGCGACCGGAAAGCAUAUCAAGCAGCGGUGGUCUUCCAUAUUCGGCAUCAAGAACCCCCAGCAGAGCCAGCUGUGCGAAUUGUUGAACAGCUAUGCCAAGAACGGAGUGCCCCAGCGGGCGGACAGCAUGAACUUCGAUCAUCCGGAUCUGGCCAAUUCGCUGGCGUAUCUGCAGGAUAUGCACAAAUCCUGGCGCGACUUUGUGGAGAGCGACUCGAUGAGCGAGACGGAGAUUAAGAUCCAGACGGCCAUCUGGGAACUGGUCACCACCGAGGUGUACUACAUUCACGCCCUGCAAACAGUUACCGAUUUGUUCCUGGCCUGUUUGGAGGCCGUUCAGGAGGAGCGUCUGCUGAUCGAUGUGGACCAGGCGCGUUUGUUCUCCAAUGUGCGGGCUGUGUGCGAGGCGAACAUCAAGUUCUGGACCAUGUGGCUGUAUCCCAUGGUGGCACACAGUGUGGUCACACACGAACCGCUGCGUUGCGCCUUUUUCCAGGAAGGAUUCAUUGCCUUUGCCUCCAUCUUUGCGCCAUAUAAGAUCUACUGUGCGGAGCAGAGCACCUGUCAGUUCUACUGCAAGGAGCUGAACCACAACAAUCCCCUGUUCACCUCCUAUUUGGCGUGGUGCGAGUCGCAGAAGAUGUGCAACCGCCUGCGACUCGCCGACAUUGUGGUGCGACCCAUGCAGCGACUGACCAAGUACAGCCUUCUCCUGGCCGCCAUCAAGAAGCACAUGAGCGAUGUGGAGGAGAUCGAGGCCAUCGACGUCAUGAUGCACAGCGUGGAGAACUUUGUGGGCAGCGUGAACAACCACUUGACGAUGCGCCAGGAGAGCGAGCGGCUCAAGGGGGUGAUGGUGCGGAUCGAGUCCUACGAUGUGGUGGACACCAACAACGAGAUGCUGGACAAGUUGAUCAAGCAGCACAGCCAGAUGUUUGACCUUUGCGCUCCGAUGCGCGGAUGCCCCGCUUACCAUGUGCGCCACCUGUUCAUGGAGGGCGACCACAAGUUCAAGGACAACCUCGGCAAGUCCGAUGUGCACUGUUUCCUGCUGACGGAUCUCCUGCUAGUGUGCAAGACCAUUGCCAAGCGGGGCUUGGGGGCGCUGAAGGUCAUCAGGCAGCCGUACCUGACCGAUCAACUCAUCGUCCAGCUGGCACCGAACAAUACGCUGAACUGUGUGUACCUCAACGAGUUCCAGGUGGCCACCACGGCGUUCACGCUGCAGUGCACCGAGGCCAAGAACUGGUACGACGCCCUGUGGCGGGCCAAGACGAUCUACCAAAGACUGAAGCGCGGAGGCGGCGGCGGCGGUGGCGGCGGCAGCGGCAGCGGUACGGUGGGCGGCGACAGCUUCCGGUUCGGUGGCAGUGGCACCAGCGGCGGCACCGCCGACUCCCUGGGCGUACGCAAAUCGCCCAUGAACUCCUCGAUCUGCAGCCACGUCUCCAGUGCGAACAACAGCCACAGCGGCAGCGUCGAAUGGAACGAUUCCCGCAACAUCUCCGUCGAAUUUGAAAAGACAAACUCGGUGUCCAGCGACGAGGGCUCCAGCAUAAUGACAGGCAACCACGGAGUGAACCUGAAGGGCAAGCAGCAAUUGAUCAGUGGCCUGCACAAGGCCAAGAUGGGCAUCAUCGGCCCGAUGGGCUCCAAGUCGGCCAACACGCUCUCCGUGCAGCCGAUGAACCAUCUGGGCCAGAGUCUGCCCAACCUGAACAUGCAUCACAGCCACACUAACAAUACCCUGCUCGUGCCCGGCUCCACGACGAGCCACUCGGGCAACAUGUUGUUGUCGCCCAGCCACCGUGGCAUUUCCUACCCGCCGCCGAGCCCAACGAGAGUUCCGCUGCGACGUGGCAUGGCAUUCUCCACAUCGACGAAGAAUCCGCCGCUGCGCAAGACCCGCAAUAUCACCUCCCAGAAUAGUAUUAACUGGCACCAGAUCCCGGCCACGCCCACGCCGCCCAGCCCCCGAUCGCAGCACCAGUCGCCGGGAGUGGUCUGCAUGCAGAAAUCGCUGCCCUUGCUGGCCCCCAACGAGGAGGGUCAAGGUCAUCAACCCCCCCCGCUGCACAAGCAACUCUCCCACCAGGCUCCGCUGCCCACCUCCAAUCACAACCAGUCCGGCACCGAAACGGACGUCUGAUGAGGAUGGGUCUGCAGAGUGGCAAAGCCGCAGAAUGUACUUACCAAUAGAUCUGUCACAACCUACCAGUAGCAAAGUCACCCACAACUCUAAUAACCCUAAUAAAAUACGUAAAGAAAAUCGCCUUUAAUUUGCAGACCUUAACAAUUUUGUUUUUUUAUAAAAUGUACUUAAAUAUACUUAUGCUUUAUUGUAUUUUAUGAUAAAGAUUUUUUGUUCUGACCUUUAUUUCAAAAGUUCAAGAAUAAGUUCUUUGUUUUAAAUAUAAUUUUCAACUAAGAAUGAUAUUCAAAUAAACAAAAACCAACUUAAUAUAAUAAUUUAAA